CAGUGCUCAAAGCUUACAGACAAGGAUCCAAGACUUGAGAUAAGAAAGUUACAGGAAUAUAUGAAGAAAAACUCACUUGUGACUUAAAAUUAAAGCUAGUAUUAUGCAUCAUGUGAUUGCAGCUACAACACUCAGGAAUGGAAUCUUAUCUCAUACGUGAUGAAAAUUUGACAAAUUUACAGAAUUUUAAACAUAAAAUAUAGUUGAUUAAAAAUCUGUUUACUACCCAAAUAAAGUAUUUAAUUAGUUAAUGAGUACCAAAUAUUCCUACCAAAAGAAGGAACAAUUCUAGAAUUUUAUUUAUGCCAGAUAUGAUAUGUAUAUAUACUUGAAAGCAAAUAACAUGUGUCUUAUUGAUGAGAUGGCCAGAAAAUUAACAGGAGGCAGCUUCUCAUAUGUGAGACAUAUAAUCAGCUUACACUCUAAUUUGGUUACCCACCUCAUUUGCCUGGCAACAGGCCCUUGCUGCUAUAGCUACCACCCGGAAAUUAGGGUGUUUUUCACUUAGUUUCCCAUUACGGACGGGUUAUUUUUUAUAAGAUGAAUUAUGUUUUGUAGACAUGUGAUUGUAUGUAUUUGAGGUUUGUGAGGGAUUGUCAGUGUCAGGUAAAGCUUCAUAAAUGUGAGUUGCGGAAGUACAGGUGAUGUUCCACUCUUCUUUCUUGUUUUGUGGGCAAGGUGGUUGAAAUGCAGCAUUACAACCCUUUCAUGUCCCCAUUACUAGAAAUCACAAAUGAUUAUCAAUAUAAUGCUAGAUUUGAUUUAAUGUCUGGGUAAAUUCUGGUGAAAUAU